AUGCAAGGAUGCUGGCAGUUUGUGCGAUCGCUACGCACUGUGUCAAACUGUCGGGCAGCAAGCCUCUCCUCUCAAUCCGGCUUUGCCCCGUCUAGGGUCGUGCGAUUUUUCUCAAACUCCGCAGUUUGGAGCGCUCGAGCGAAAGCGUCAUCCAGCCUCCCCGACACCGACCUCGAGAAACGAAUUGCCGCGAUACCCCUCGAACGAUAUCGCAAUUUCUGUAUUGUGGCUCACGUCGACCAUGGAAAAAGUACACUUUCCGACCGAUUGCUGGAGCUCACGGGCACCAUCAAGCCGGGCAUGAACAAACAGGUGCUGGACAAGUUGGACGUUGAGCGAGAGCGAGGAAUCACGGUCAAGGCACAGACUUGCACCAUGAUUUAUAAUCACAAGGGCGAGGACUACUUGCUGCAUCUGGUCGAUACUCCGGGUCAUGUGGAUUUCCGUGCAGAGGUGUCGCGCAGUUAUGCCAGUUGUGGAGGGGCCUUGCUCCUUGUGGACGCUAGCCAGGGUGUUCAAGCUCAGACCGUUGCCAAUUUCUAUCUAGCUUUUGCGCAGGGUCUGGAAUUGAUUCCUGUCAUCAAUAAGGUGGAUUUGCCUUCUGCUGACCCGGAGCGGGCUCUGGAGCAGAUGAAGAGCUCCUUUGAGCUGGACACGGAAAAUGCGGUGCAAGUUUCUGCAAAGACCGGUCUCAAUGUCGAGGCAGUCCUGCCAAGGGUCAUUGAGAAGGUUCCCGCACCCAUUGGUGACAGUAAAAAGCCCCUUCGCAUGCUCCUUGUGGACUCUUGGUACGACUCAUAUCGUGGCGUUAUUCUACUCGUACGGAUCUUUGACGGUGAGGUACGCCCAGGUCAGCAAUUAGUAUCUCUGGUCACGGGUCUGAAAUACUACGUCGGUGAAGUUGGUAUCAUGUACCCGUUGGAGACCCCUCAGACUGUGCUUCGAGCGGGUCAAGUGGGCUAUAUCUACUUCAACCCGGGCAUGAAACGCAGUCAAGAGGCCAAGAUUGGUGACACUUAUACCCGCGUUGGAUCGGAGAAGCACGUUGAGCUGUUACCGGGCUUUGAGGAGCCCAAGUCGAUGGUCUUUGUGGCCGUCUACCCCAUGAAUGCGGAUCACUUUGAACACCUAGAGGACAGCAUCAACCAGUUGAUUCUCAAUGAUCGCAGCAUUACCAUGCAAAAGGAGUCCUCCGAAGCGCUUGGUGCGGGUUUCCGUAUGGGCUUUUUGGGCACCCUGCACUGCUCUGUCUUUGAAGAUCGUCUUCGACAGGAGCAUGGCGCCAGUAUCAUCAUCACUCCACCCUCGGUCCCUGUGAAAAUUGUAUGGAAGGACGGCACGGAAGAUAUCAUCACCAACCCUGCCAAGUUCCCCGACGACGAUAGCGUCCGUUUGAAGGUGGCCGAAGUUCAAGAGCCGUAUGUCCUGGCCACUAUCACCUUCCCGGACGAAUAUCUCGGCAAGGUCAUUGAACUUUGUGAGGCCAAUAGGGGCGAGCAGCAGAGCAUUGAAUACUUCACAUCCAGCCAGGUCAUUCUCAAAUACGAGCUACCCUUGGCUCACCUCGUCGAUGACUUUUUCGGCAAACUGAAAGGUAACACCAAGGGCUACGCCAGUCUGGACUACGAAGAAUCCGCCUGGCGCGCUGGCAAUAUCGUCAAGCUGCAGCUUCUGGUGAACAAAGUCCCCGUCGACGCAGUGUCUCGGAUGAUGCACAUGAGUCAGGUGCAGUACCUGGGCAGACAAUGGGUGACCAAAUUCAAGCAACAUGUGGACCGACAGCUCUUUGAAAUUGUGAUCCAAGCCGCCGUGGGAAAGAAGAUCGUCGCCCGUGAAACCAUCAAGCCGUACCGCAAGGAUGUUCUGGCCAAGCUGCAUGCUAGUGAUGUCAGUCGUCGGCGGAAGCUGUUGGAGAAACAAAAGGAGGGCCGAAAGAGGCUUCGGGCGGUCGGAAACGUCGUGAUCGAGCAUCAGGCUUUCCAGGCCUUCUUGGCCAAGUGA